AUGGCUAAACACCAAAAAGUUUGGAAUCUUGGGAUCAACGGGACCUGCUAUGGUGCCUCCCUCUGGAAAAUGGCAAAGAAAAUUGCAAUCAACCGGCACGCUAAGUACACUUGCACCUUCUGUGGCAAGACCAAGAUGAAGAGACGAGCCAUUGGCAUCUGGCACUGUGAUCCCUGCAUGGAAACAGUGGCUGUCGGGCCCUCGACCUACAACACCACCUCUGCGGUCACAGUGAAGUCUGCCAUCAGAAGACUGAAGGAACCGAAAGACCAGGAGAAGCCAUACCAUCUGAGACUUGCCUAG